GCCGUUUUAGGCAAUGGUGACAUGAGGUGGAGCAAAAAGAAAAGCGCCCAUUGGAUGUAUAGCAAUAACAAAAUAGAAGUGAGGUUUUAGAUUUAAUAAGUCAGACGAACAGCUGGGAUCUCUACUUUAUUGCAUGUUCAAUAAAGUUAAACUUUUUUGAGACCAGAACUAAAGAGACAAAGACAGCGAAUUUGCCCGACAAUGGAAAUUCCAAUAUUUACUGUUGAUGCUUUUACCAAUGUACCUUUCAAAGGCAAUCCUGCUGCAGUAUGUCUUAUUGAGAAUGAGCUGCAAGAUGAUAUUUAUCAAAGCAUCGCUGCUGAGAUGAAUUUAUCAGACACUGCUUUCAUCACAAAACUAAAGUCUGUGGAUUUUACCUCAGGUGCAAGGUUUGGGUUACGCUGGUUUACCCCCAAAAGUGAGUAUCCACUAUGUGGACAUGCAACCCUGGCCUCAGCAGCAGUGCUCUUUUACCUUAAAAAGAAUGUCAACCCUGUUGUGGUGUUUGAGACUAUGAGUGGGGAGCUUAAUGUGGGCCAGCAUGAAGAAUAUCUAAUAAUGGACUUCCCCUUAAACAAACCAAAGCCCCAGGACCAACAUGAAAUCAAGGAUCUUUUGAAGGCUGCUGUUGGAGACUUACCCAUUCAGGAUGUGUGCUACAGUCCAACCAUUAAAAAUCUAAUGAUUCGUCUAGCUGACACAUGCAACAGGUCUGAUCUUAUAUCUUUGAGGCCAGAGGCAGAGACUCUUGUGAAAAAUGAGACCACUGGUAAGAUUAAAAGUCUCAUCGUUACACUGAAAGGAACACAGACCACUCAGUCUGGAUAUGACUUCUACUCCCGUGUCUUCUCACCCUGGGUUGGUGUCCCUGAAGAUCCAGUCACUGGGUCUGCACAUACAGUCCUUGCUGGCUAUUGGUCGGAGAAGCUGGAGAAAAAGAAAAUGAUGGCUUACCAGUGUUCCAGUCGUGGUGGUGAAUUUAAGCUGGAGAUAAGAGAUGACGGUCGACUGGACAUCAUUGGUCAGGCGCGGAUCAUUCUUCAGGGAACUCUUAAAAUCUAGACAGUCUUGCACAACCGAUUCAUUGAAUUUGCAGAUAGUUUUGAUGGAAAUCAUGUGAAUAUAAUUUCCACUUUAUAUUAGUGUGAUGGUGCAUUCUAAGUUAUGUACCAUUUAAUAACAUUUAUACAACAGUUCGUUCUGGUUCUCGAUUCUGAUUGGCUGAGAGCCUUUUUCAGCUCAGAUCCACUGAUUGCCUAUGGCCAAAUCACAGCCGUGCUGAUAUAGAGCCAUAUUGCACGGCUACGAGUGUGAUAUUGCGUUUAUACAACAGUUCGACAGCGCAAGUGUAAUAAACAACAAUGGUGUCUCUCUCUUGUGCGGCACUACUUCCUUCCGCCACGGAUUCAAAUCUCAAGUUGACAGUUUAACAGUUGAGCCCAAGCCUCCGUUACUAAUUCUGAAACGUCACUUUAGAACUAGUAAAGAAGGAACGCUGAGUUGCUUCAUUGAAUAUUGUAUUUUAUACACAGUUCAUUCUGGUUCGCUAUUCUGAUUGGCUGAGAGCCUUUUCCGAUAUUCUGCUGGGCGAUACCACUUAUUUUGUUUUCGAUACGAUACUGAUACUUUCAAAGGCCAGUACUGUCGAUAUCGAUAUAACUCUAAAGUGAACUUUUAAAUUAUUAUUACAUUUAUUAAAUUAUUAAAUUACUAAGAGUAAAUUGGGUAAUGAUACCCACUUAACAUUAUAUUUAAAAGGCAUUUUAACAUUCAAUACGCCUUAAUUGCAAUUUAUUAGAUUAUAUUUCUAUUUACACAUGGUUAAAAUAUGUCAAGUUGGAGGUACAUAUUUACAUAUAUGUAUAUAUAAAACAUAUUUAGAUGUUUAACUAAAACAUAAUUUUAUUGUGUUAGUCCUUAACAUGUCAGGUGGUAAUCAGCAAGAAAUACCUUAAUUUUUUAAUUAAUUAAAAUUAUUCAUAAAUGAAGUGGAAAAACUCAACCCUGUCACAAGUUUACAACCCUGAAACAAUGAGAAAUACAUACAUAUGUGACAGGGUUGAGUUGUUUUGCUCAAAAUGGCCACUGCUCCUUGUGUAUUGUAGCAGAGUAGAGCAUAUAUUUUGAGAUGGGAUUUUAAAUCAUUUGGUGUCCAAGUGAUGUUGACUGCCACCUUGUGGUACAAUACUGGAUUUUACUGUGGAGUCAAGAAUAAAACAGAUAAAGUUUAUAAAAUGUAUUUUAUUUAUUUCUCUGAACACUCACCCCCCACCCCCUUCAUAUCUGAAAAGAUUACCCAUUUUCAAGAAUUCCUAUUUUCAACAAUGUUCCUACAAUCCUGCAGAAAAAAGUGAAUCUUGAGCACGGUGAUUUGCCUUAUGGAUUAAAUUAACAUGACCUGUGGCUAGUCUAACUAGAUAAGAUUUUUUUGUUUAAUAUAUAUAUUAAUGGUCCCUGUUAUCUAAACAAGUCGUUUUUGUAGAAUGCUCAAAGAAUAUAACAUUACGAAUUUCUUCUUUUUAAGAGUCCUGAUACAAGGCUUUACUAAAAAAAAAAUAAAAAAAAUCACACAUUCUGACAUAAUAAAUAAAGGGAUUCUGCAGGUUUUACGAAGGUAAACUUAAGACUUGAAGUCUUGUUUUCUGUGAAACUGAACAAAAUAAAGUGAGUUUAUGAUUUAAAACAAGAACAAAUAUCUGCUAAUGGGCUCAGAAAAAUGAACUUAAAGGGAUAGUUCACCCAAAAAUGAAAAUUGUCAUUAUUUACUCUCCUUCACGUUGUUCUAAACCUGUAUAAAUUUCUUUGUUCUGCUGAAGACAAAGGAAGAUAUUUGGAAGAAUGUCAGUAACCAAACAGAUCUCACAUUGACUAAGUAUUUAUUUUUCCUACUAUGGUAGUCAACUGGGGGCGAGAUCUGUUUGGUUUGGACAAUCUUCCAAAAGUCUUCCUUUGGGGGGGUGGGGGGUGAACUAUCCCUUUAAUUCAAAGGAAAGUUUUCAUAACUCAUAGACAGAUAUUUAGUCUUGUUUUAAGCAUGAACUCACUUGAUUUUGUUCAAUUUUUCCAAAACAUUUUACAUUUGUAUCUCAAAUUUAAUUUGAUUUAAAAAUGUUUAGAUUUGUUUUAUUGGAAAACAAGACAAGAAUAAUAAGGAAGAUGUUCAUUUUUCAUAAUGCAUGCAAGAUUUAAUGCCAUGGCUUCAUGAAUUUAAGAUUUUUUGACUUUUUUUAAGGCCUUAAUUUGUGAAAGGGUGAAUUAAGACGUAAGACCCGCAGAAACCCUGUAAAUUGCUAA